GAAAGCCCUGGAGGUCCUGGAGACAAAGCUGCCACUUGAGAACGACGCGUCCAUUAGGUGGAAAACGUUAAUUUUAUUUAAACUUGUCACGGUCUUACAUGCUUCGAUAUACCGACUCAUGUGUUAAAACAAAUUGAGCUACACUUGAAUUCUGUCUACCCGUUACACAGUACGAAGUUGCAGUUCAAGAAAGGCUUUGAAUUCGAGUACAACUUCAGUUCAGACCUCGUGCGUAAGUCUCCUAUUUAACCGGUCAGCGGCAACAGUGAAGAGUGACUGUGAAAGUGUGAAGGCUAUGGGAAGGAAACUGGAAUGAACCUCGCUCAAUCUUGUAAUUCUUUUUACUGUACCCCCAUUUUCUUACUAUUUGUGCCACAGUAACGGAUAAGAAUAAUACAAGAGUGAUUUUUUUCAUUGUAACAUCCUUUAGUAAGAUAAGGUCUCAUAUUUGGAUCAAGUUUUUAAGAACUGAUUUUUAUUGAAUUUCACUCUUAGACCGAAGUUUUGGUCAAAUUUUGCCGGACUGUGAAAAAGAAAUUUUCCCCGCCAUCCCCUCCCCCUUUGCCCGUUAUCUUCACUCACUCCUCAUCUUCCCCUUCUUUUGGACAUCGCUGGAUCCGCCAGUGUCAUGUUCUAUAACAUUUUUAGCGUCGAAUUUUUAUCGUUGAACUACUCCACGACAAGUGUUUGGACGCUAUGCUAUCGCUCAUGUGCUGCGCUGUAUGAUAAUAAGAUGUAUAAGUAUGGGCUCCUGCUCAUGGCAACGCCAUUAUCACGUCAUUCAAAAUUAAUUAGUCUUCCGUGUUCGAUGAGGACUUAAAUAGCGAAGUGCAUGGUUCCGCAUGGCGGUCGAAUAUUGCCACUGUUCAGCCGCUAUAAUGCAACAAACUGGUGCCCGUGAAUGUUGUAGUGCAUACAGUCUGCUUUACAGGUGAGGAAUUCCGCAGCACUGAAGUUCAAAAUGGCGGGUGAAGCAGCUUACUUCUUUGUGAUCCUACAGUUAUGGUUUCUAGUUAAUGUCAUCGUCCAAGCAUGUGACCCUCCAUGUUUGUACUUUAGCGCUGGUCGAGUCAUAAAGUCGAUUGAACUGUCCUCUAACAAAAUUUCUUCAAACGUAACUGAACUGCAGGCCCAUGAUGGCCGGGUCCUUGCCGUAGCAGUGGAUAUGGAAGAAAAAACCCUCUACUUUAGUAACCAGGUUAGCAGGACUAUCAAGCGGAUUGAUCUGAAGUCAAGCAAAAUCGAAGACGUAGCAAGCGAAGUUGGUUACUGUGAAGAUAUAGCUAUAGACUGGGUAAACAAGUACAUUUAUUGGACGGAUAACAACAACGGCAGGAUAGAAAUGUCACGUGGUAACGGAAGUGACAGAAAAGUGUUUUUUGACAGAGAUGUUCAGAAUCCUAGAGGAAUCGCUGUGGAUCCAGUCCAUGGGUAAGGAUUUUGUAAUUAUUGAAUUGUUAUCGGCGACUAGAACAGUAGCAAGUCCGGAAAUCAGUUUCCUGCAGGGAUACGAGAAUUUCAUUGAUUGUGCUUGAUUUUAACGCAUUACUUUGUGAUAGAAUGCUGUACCCUCCACUUCUCCCCCAUCGACAUAUAGAGGCUAACCCUUUGUGUAUUGAGUACUCUGUAUUAUUUGCUUAUUAUUUGCCGUUUUACUGGAAUUAACGUUCAAAGGGCUUGCCAGAUCUAUGGACGCUUUUCUAACUGGGUAUUUUUGUGAACUGAUCAGAAUUUGAAGCAAAUACAAGCGUAUAUCAGAAAAUGACCUGCUUAGGUUACUCUUUUUAGUCAAGAGCAUCAGUAGACACCAGGCGAAAUGUAGAGGAUACUCCCCAAGAAAAAGCCUGACGAACCCAAUAAACUUGAAAUAAGGCUCUGCUUCAGUUUAGAAAUAGACCAACUAGUAAGCAAAGAAGGAAGAAUUAGUGAUUUGCAUGGGCGUCCAAUAAUAAUGUCUAUAAGUGGUCAUAAGUAAGCAGAUUGCUUUUCUACAUUCACACUGAUUCCUGCCAGAAUCUAACAGCGUGCUAUUAAUCUCUUUUCAGGAGGGGUACGGGGGAAGGAGGGCUUUUUGCAGUUUUAACCAAAUCAUUUAAAUUUAUUUAGGUAUAUGUUCUGGACAGAUUAUGGAGAUAAACCCAAAAUAGAAAGAGCUACCUUAGCAGGACAAGAAAGGACUACAAUUAUUUCAAAUAC